GCGCAGGAUGCUACUUGUGCCGACCCUCCAAAAAUACUCACACAAAUCUUCCAAAACAUCCUUGUCCCACUGCGUCACCUGCUGACAGAUUUCAUGUCCUGGUCUUCCAAACCUGGAGGUGGGGCAUGAACAGGGCGGAGUCGCAGGGGAAAGAAAAGGAGGCCCCAGGACACCUGGGCUCACUCCCAGGUCCCCAGCAAUGUCUCCACCACCGCUGCUGCUACCCCUGCUGCUGCUGCCGCCUCUGCUGAACGUGGAGCCUGCUGGGGCCACCCUGAUCCGCAUCCCUCUUCGACGAGUCCCACCUGAACGCAGGACCCUGAACCAACUGAGGGGGUGGAGAGAACCAGCAAAGCUCCCCAAGUCGGGGGCCCCAUCCCCUGGGGACAAGCCCGCCUUGGUGCCUCUCUCCAACUACAGGGAUGUCCAGUACUUUGGGGAAAUUGGGCUGGGAACGCCUCCACAAAACCUCACCGUCGUCUUUGACACGGGCUCCUCCAACCUCUGGGUCCCGUCCAGGAGAUGCCACUUCUUCAGUGUGCCCUGCUGGUUACACCACCGAUUUGAUCCCAAAGCCUCCAGCUCCUUCCAGCCCAAUGGGACCAAGUUUGCCAUUCAAUAUGGAUCUGGGCGGGUAGAUGGAAUCCUGAGUGAAGACAAGCUGACUAUUGGUGGAAUCAAGGGUGCAUCAGUGGUUUUCGGGGAGGCUCUCUGGGAGCCCAGCCUGGUCUUCACUUUUGCCCAUUUUGAUGGGAUAUUGGGCCUUGGUUUUCCCAUUCUGGCUGUGGAAGGAGUUCGGCCCCCGCUGGAUGUACUGGUGGAGCAGGGGCUACUGGAUAAGCCUGUCUUCUCCUUUUACUUCAACAGGGACCCCGAAAAGCCUGAUGGAGGAGAGCUGGUCCUGGGGGGCUCAGACCCGGCACACUACAUCCCACCCCUUACCUUCAUGCCAGUCACAGUCCCUGCCUACUGGCAGAUCCACAUGGAGCGUGUGAAGGUGGGCUCAGGGCUGACUCUCUGUGCCCGGGGCUGUGCUGCCAUCCUGGAUACAGGAACAUCCCUUAUCACAGGACCCACUGAGGAGAUCCAGGCCCUGAAUGCAGCCAUUAGGGGAUUUCCCCUGCUGGCUGGGGAGUACAUCAUCCUGUGCUCGGAAAUCCCAAAGCUCCCCGCAGUCUCCUUCCUUCUUGGGGGGGUCUGGUUUAACCUCACGGCUCAGGAUUACGUCAUCCAGACUACUCGAAAUGGCGUCAGCCUCUGCUUGUCGGGGUUCCAGGCCUUGGACGUCCCUCCGCCUGCAGGGCCUUUCUGGAUCCUCGGCGACGUCUUCUUGGGGACCUAUGUAGCCGUCUUCGACCGCGGGGACCGGAAGAGCAGCGCCAGAGUGGGCCUGGCGCGUGCUCACACUAGCGGAGCGGACCUGGGAUGAGGCGAGACCGCGCAGGCGCAGUUCCCUGGGUGACGCCCAAGUGAAGCGCAUGCGCAGCGGGUGGGUGGAGGUACCGAUACCCAGUAAAAAUCAACGAUUUCCAUCGA